UCUGUUCUUCAAAGGCUUCCACUGUCCCCUAGCUCCUCCCUCUCUGUACCGUGUGACAACAACAACUCAUCCACAGAGCGGAGCUGCACUUUUCAGCUCAUUUUCCUCCUGUCAUUCCUCCUCCUAUCUUUGAUCAUUGUCCCGCCGCUCAGCCCCCCCAAAACCCUCACUCAGCACGCCUUUUUUCGGCAGCUCUUUUUACUUCCCAACUUAUCUGAGGAGCUAAACUCUCGUGGAUUCUUUCAUUUGGGGGUGUCUCGGCAGGCUGGGUUUUAUACUUUGAACUUCGGCUACUCUCUUCCCCUCCUGUAGGUGACCAUGGCCGUACCGGCUGCUCUGAUCCCACCAACUCCUCUGGUCCCACCGCCUCCGAUCUCGACUCCCUCCGCGACGACGUCCCCGCCGUCGACAACUUCAUCACCAUCUCCAUCCCUGGCCCCCCCAUCCGGACCCGGACAGAACCUGUUCAGAUCAGAGCUCCUCGCCACCGGCAGCCCGGGCAUCCCGACCGCGGCGCUACCCCCCGGCAAACCCGUGUACUCGACCCCGUCGCCUGUUGAAAACAUACCGCAAAACAAUGAGUGCAAGAUGGUCGAGUUGCGCGGUGCCAAAGUGGCCUCUUUCACCGUGGACGGCUGCGAGCUCAUCUGCCUUCCUCAGGCUUUCGACCUGUUCCUGAAGCACCUGGUCGGCGGACUGCACACGGUCUACACCAAGCUGAAGCGGCUGGAGAUCACGCCGGUGGUGUGCAAUGUGGAGCAGGUCCGCAUCCUCAGAGGGCUCGGCGCCAUCCAACCCGGGGUGAACCGCUGCAAACUCAUCUCCAGAAAAGACUUCGAGACUCUGUACAACGACUGCACCAACGCGAGCUCCAGACCCGGCCGGCCUCCGAAGAGGACCCAGAGUGUGACAUCACCAGAGAACCCCCACAUCAUGCCCCACUCUGUCCCUGGCCUCAUGUCCCCUGGCAUGAUCCCACCCACAGGCCUGACAGCAGCGGCGGCAGCAGCUGCCAACGCAGCCAUCGCAGAGGCCAUGAAGGUCAAGAAGAUCAAGCUGGAGGCGAUGAGCGGCUACCACGGCAACGCCAACCACCAUGGGGCCGACGGAGAGAAUGGAGACCUCAGCUCCAGCGUUGACGUUCAGGAGGUUUUUCCUGGGAGUCCAAUUAUCCACAGAGGUCUCCUCCUCUCCCAAACAAACGGACCAGGCCUGGAACUCCCCUUCAUGAUGAUGCCACACCCCCUGAUCCCAGUCAGCCUGCCCCCAGCCUCUGUCACCAUGGCGAUGAGCCAGAUGAACCACCUCAGCACCAUUGCAAACAUGGCCGCCGCAGCACAGGGCCAGAGCCUGCCCUCCAGAAUGGUCACCUCUGUUAUAAAGGAACGUGUGCCGGACAGUCCCUCCCCUGCUCCUUCCUUAGAAGACCACAGGAGGCCGGGCAGUCACCCAUCGUCCCACCGCAGCAGCAGUGUGUCCAGCUCCCCAGCCCACACAGAAAGCUCCUCAGACAGGAUACGUACGUUUGUCACACAGAGAAAUGCGAUACACCACAAUGGCCUGUCCAUGAACCACGCUCUGCUAGGUCUGUCCCCCAACAUCCCGCCUGGGCCUAAAGAGGGAGACCUGGCCCACGACAUGAGCCAUGAAGUAAAGAGGAUGCACACUGACAAAGAGGACAACUCCAUGUGCACCCCAACAGCAAGAGACAGCUACGAGAGGUUGUCAUUGGCUGGACAGGCCCUGCCUCCUGGCUUCCCCUCACCAUUCCUCUUCCCAGAUGGGUUGUCGUCAAUAGAGACUCUCCUCACCAACAUACAGGGCCUGCUCAAAGUGGCUAUUGACAACGCGCGGGCUCAGGAGAAGCAGGUGCAGCUGGAGAAGACGGAGCUGAAGAUGGAGCUGUUCAGAGAGAGGGAGCUAAGGGAGACCCUGGAGAAGCAGCUCGCAAUGGAGCAGAAGAACAGAGCAAUCAUUCAGAAGCGUCUGAAGAAGGAGAAGAAGGCCAAGAGGAAACUCCAGGAAGCUCUGGAGUACGAAUCCAAGAGGAGAGAGCAGGCUGAGCAGACUCUGAAGCAGCCCUCGCCCUCUGACAGCAUGCGUUCACUCAACGGUCAGACGCUCCACAACUCUCUGACCCCUGAGAUGGAGAGUGACCGCAGCAGUGGAAGAACAGAUGCUGAAAGGACAAUACAAGAUGGAAGACUGUUCCUGAAAACCACAGUGAUGUACUGAUAAGGCCGUGAGGAGCUGGAGGAAAUAAAAAUUUCAGAAAAAAAGAGGAAAAAAAAAUGAGAGCGAGCGAGAGAGAAAAGAAAACCCAUGAAGAUUCUCAAGAGCCCUUAUCCAGGCUGAUUUAGGAAAGAAGUCAAGCUGCUUGUAGGAGUUCAAUGGAAAUGCUGUGUUCACCCAAAUGCUGGAGGAGGUUGUGUCUGAAUGUAGAAUAAGAAGUCUUUUUCUCACAGAGGCCGACGUUAACUAGUGCGGUAGGGCAGGUUUUUUUGACGUAGCGGGGGUCGGCCGACGUGAAGGAUAAACAUAUAUAUUGAGCACAGUAAAAAUGUACCCGUGGUACACUGUUGGUAAUAACUCGUAAAUUCACAGCACUGAAGAUUUUUAUACUGUAUCUCAGCCAGCGAGAAAGCUUCGAAAAAGAAAUUCGACUGAAGUUUUGUUUUGUAUUUCAAAAAUUUUGAGAAGCUAAAAACGACACGUGGAGAUGAAUACAAAAAAAUGGGAAAAAACAAACAAAUGUGAAUCGAUCCAUGUGUUCAUCAAAAGAGACGACUGAUGUUUGAUUUUCAUGUUUUCUAAAUUAGAUGACAAUACAAUCAAGUUUCCUUUUUACCAUUGUUGUACAUACGAGAUCUGAUGAUACUGAUAGGAAAACUCAACUCUAUCGAGCCCGAGUGGAUUGAUAAGGUAUGUGUAUAUAACGUUAAGAGGUAUUGUGUAUGCAGUAGAGCUAUUAGGCAAACAAUACCACCAUUUAUAUAAACCUACAGUUUUGUUUUGUUCUAUUUCUGAGCCAUCAUUCUUUCCUAUAGCUGCCAUUUUGGUGAGAAAGCAUGCAGGCAUGUAAAUGUUUGUCCUGGAAUUAUGAUAUUUAAUAAAUCCUAUAUUGUGCUGAACAAAUACUAGGGUUGACUCACUCAAGCCCGGAUGAUUUUGAAAACAUAAUUAUCAAACAUUUCACUUUCAAAAAUGAAGACUUUUGCUGUCAAUAGUACUGUAAUCUUUGUAACAGAGGUAAUAUUUCUUGGAAUUUACUGUACAUUUUUUUGUCAUGAGACACACUCGAAAAAUCAGCACCUCUCAAUGCUUUUUUAAAAAAAAGAAGAUUAUCCGAGAUCAUGUGUCAGCUUGAGAAAACGCUCACGGCGCGACUUUUUCCAGACUGAAUGCCAUUUAAACACGUCGCUCAAACCCCUGUUGAACGUACACGAACACACUUUUCUUUCCUUUUUUAGAGUGUUUCAUGAUAUCCUGAUGAGUAAAAAAAAAAAAAAAAAAAACAUAAGUUAUAAUUUUCCUGUUUCUUUCCCUAAAGACUUUUGAAUUUCGGUGCUGAAACACCUGUGUAUAUUCUCUAGACAUAAGCUGAUGUCAGUCCUUUAACUGCAAAACAGUUUAGACCUUAUGUGUUACAAUCAGGAGAUGAGGAAGAGGAGGAGGAGGAGGAGGAAGAAGAGUGUCCCAUGUUCACAAUGUGUUGUUCUUUUUGUUCUCAAUGGAGUGUCUAGGUCUGUUGUCACUGAUAACUUAUAUAGCUUCUCGAAUCAUCUCUUCAUUGUACUUCAAAUUCAAAUAAAGUUAACAUGUUGAU